ACGCACAAAGAGGGACUUGCUCGAGGGUUUAGCUAGCUUGGAAGCCCUCCGCAAACUCCCAUGGCGUGCCUCCUCGUGCUCGUCAUCGCUGCCACAGUACUAACGGGUCCACCGGGAAAACUGACGCACGCCGCUCGGACGUCGCCGGCGGAGGCCUUCUGGCAUGCGGCCCUCCCCGGCGCUCCCAUGCCCGAGGCCAUCCGCGAGCUCUUGCGCCCAGCUGGUGCUGCCGGGACCAACGCUCCAGACGCCGCUAGGUCCAGGCACCACGACGCCGAUCCGCCGCCGAUGAACUUCAAGUACGAAGACUACAGGUCCUCGCGUCGGAACGAAGCCACCGCCACCUCCGCCGAGGCCCUGGACCGCGCUGGCGGCGCCGGGAACGCGGCCGCGUCGCCGGCGGUGUUCUUCCUCGAGGAGGCAGUGCGCGUCGGGGGUGUCCUGCCCUUCCGUGGUAUGGUCCCGCGGGGCACCGCCAGCGUGGCAGUGGCCUCGCCUCCGAUGCGGCUGUACAAGGUCCGCGCCGUGCGGGCCAUCGACGGGCGCAGGUUCAUGGUGUGCCGCCGCGACCGCGAGGACGGCCCCGACGGCGACGCCGUGUACGGGUGCCGCGCGACGGGCCCCGCGAGGGCGUACGCUGUGGGCGUGGUCGGCGAGCGCGGGGAGACGGUGGCCGCGACCGUCGUGUGCCGCACCGACACGUCCCGGUGGAACCGGGUGCGUGCCGCGUUCAGGCUGCUCGACGUGAAGCCCGGAGGCGCGGCGGUCUGCCACGCGGCGCUCGGCGCGCAGGUAAUCCCAGUCAAGAACGACAGUGGCUCCUCCUUGGUGUGAAGGAAGGCUCCCACGUGUUCCGUUUGUCGUCGUCGUCGUGAUGCAACGUUUCUAGUAGUAGCUAUGUAUGCAUGUGGUGAAGCAAGUGCUCGUCGGUGUGUAGUGUUCGCUCUUCUGAUCCAUUGUCUGUGCUCUGUACUGUAGUGAUCAGCGUCAAAAUAAAGAAAUGCAUGUCCUUGUUUAAAAU